AUGGGGUGUGGUAUGAGCACUGAAGACAAGGAGGGCAAGGCCCGAAAUGAGGAGAUUGAGAACCAAUUGAAGCGGGAUAAGAUGAUGCAGAGAAAUGAAAUCAAAAUGCUCUUACUCGGCGCCGGUGAAUCUGGCAAGUCAACUAUUCUAAAACAAAUGAAACUCAUCCAUGAGGGAUCUUACUCUCGCGACGAAAGAGAAUCUUUCAAGGAAAUUAUUUUCAGCAAUACCGUUCAGUCAAUGCGCGUGAUUCUAGAGGCCAUGGAAAGCCUUGAGCUUCCCUUGGAUGAUCAGCGUGCGGAAUACCAUGUCCAGACAAUCUUCAUGCAGCCUGCACAGAUUGAAGGCGACUGCCUGCCUGCCGAUGUUGGCACUGCAAUUGAAGCGCUGUGGAAAGACGCUGGGGUCCAGGAAUGUUUCCGAAGAUCCCGAGAAUACCAGCUGAAUGACUCUGCCAGAUAUUAUUUCGAUUCUAUUGGUCGUAUAAUGCAGCCAGAUUACCUUCCAAGCGACCAGGACGUACUUCGCUCUCGUGUCAAGACUACCGGUAUCACGGAAACGACAUUCAUCAUUGGUGACCUUACAUACCGCAUGUUUGAUGUGGGAGGUCAACGGUCUGAAAGAAAGAAAUGGAUCCAUUGCUUCGAGAACGUAACCACGAUCCUUUUCCUCGUAGCCAUCUCAGAAUAUGACCAGCUGCUCUUUGAAGACGAGACUGUCAACCGGAUGCAAGAAGCACUUACACUCUUCGAUUCGAUCUGUAACUCUAGGUGGUUUACGAAAACAUCAAUUAUUCUUUUCUUGAAUAAGAUUGAUCGGUUCAAGGAAAAGCUCCCAGUUAGCCCUAUGAAAAACUACUUCCCAGACUAUGAAGGAGGUCCCGAUUAUGCCGCUGCUUGUGACUAUAUUCUUAACCGAUUUGUGUCCCUUAAUCAAGCCGAACAAAAGCAAAUUUACACACAUUUCACUUGCGCCACGGACACAACGCAAAUCCGAUUUGUCAUGGCCGCUGUCAAUGACAUUAUCAUCCAAGAAAAUCUUCGACUCUGCGGCCUGAUAUAG